CUCCUCCCUCCAGGCACCUCCUCCAGGAAGCCCUCCCUGAGGCCCCACAACCACCCACCGCCGUCAAGCCACUGGUGUAUCCUGCUCCAUCCCCCACGAGCCACUGCGGGGUGCAGACAGGAGCAUCUCUCAGGCCUGAGAGAGGCCCAGCUUCCAGCUUCGGGCUGAGUCUCGGUCUGGCAGCAUGGCCCAGCUCAUACUCUUCACCCUGUUGUUCUUGCUGGCUGGAGCCCUGCCCAUGGCCCCGAUGGCCCAAGAGGUGCAGCAGUCUCCCCUCCACAUUGUUGUCUCUGUGGGGGACUCUGUGAACAUCACCUGCUCCACUAGCAGGCCCCUGAAAGGGCUCUUCCUGAAUCUGUCCUGGCCAAGACGCACGGAGGUGAUUUACUACGAAGACAAGGUGAAUGCCACUGUGGACCAGAAGUUCUGGGGCCGCAUCAGCUUCAUGGGAAGCCAGAACAACCUGACCAUCACCAUGAGCCUCCUGCAGGUGGCUGACUCUGGCAUCUACACCUGCUUUCCUGUCACGUACCCUGGACUCUCAGGCCCUGGCACCAUGGUCAUGGUCACAGAAGAACUGUGCCAAGAGACACAAGAACCAUACAAACACCAGGAGUACAGGCUGAUGUUCCCCAUCCUUCCAUGGGCCCUUGCAGGGGGCUGCUUCUUCCUCGGGCUAGGCCUAGGAAUGUCGUUCGCCCUGAGAACACAGAUCAGGAAAUCGUGUGCCUCCAGGGAUAAGAACCCUACCUACGUGGUGUACGAGGACAUGUCCUGCAUCAGCCGCAAUGCCCUGUCCCCCCCAAUCGGUGCUAGUGAGCCCCUCAGACCCUCUGUCUCCUUGCACCCCACCAAGCCCAGCACACCCAGCACCCACACUCAGGCAGCUGUGGCAGGGACCGUGCUACCUGGUACCCCCCAAAUGGACAGGGCACCUCCUCCAGGAAGCCUUCCAGCCCAGCCCACACCUUGGUGACAUGGUCAAACUGCCACCAGCCACAAAGCUCAGCUGUCCUUUGGCUACCCUUCCCCUCCCAUAGCUGAGCAGGGCUUUUCUGUCCAUGGACUUAGACACCUGGCGGGUCCCCAGGCUCAGAGUGUCUUGGCAAAGGGGGCAAGAGGAGGCCCAGCCCCAUUCAGCACUGUGAGAAAUAAAGGG